AUGCCUCCGAUAACAGUCAGCCAGGAAGAGCAGCCCCACGAUGAAUUCCUCCAAGAACGCUUUGGGAAGUUGUUCGACAUCAGCAACGAGGCGCUGGUAGAGCUCGCCCUCAGCGUCCGCAGCAAAUACAUCACCAACACCCAAGCCACCGCGAAAGUCCUCGAGCACUGGAUCGGCACCUACAACCUCAUCCACGUCAUUGGAUUCAGCGACGGACUGAAGUACGUGAUCCGCGUGCCUGCAAGCGCCCGCCACGGGCAGAUGUCGGAGGCGGCACAGCGAGCCCUGGUCAGCCAGGCGCGGAUGAUGCGAUUCAUCAAGAAACGAACCAUGAUCCCGAUGCCGGACGUCUUCGACUUCGACGCGGGAUUCGCCAACCCGCUCAAGACGCCCUACAUCGUGCUCAGCUACAUCCCCGGCCGCAUGGUGGCGGAGGCCUGGUUCGACCGGUCCGGCCCCGUGCAACUCGAAGAGAAACGGCUGCGGAUCCUGGACAGUGUGGCCGAGGCGAUGGCGCAGCUGCGCGGGUUCCAGUUUGAGCAGAUCGGGUCGCUCGACGACGACGGUGGCCACGUCUUCCACGUCCAGCAGUGCGGGCCCUUCUCGUCCUCGACCGCGUACCUGCGCCACCGGCUGCAGCGCGUCACCCAGUGGACUGAGAUCCCCAGCGACCGUGGCUGCCGCGUGCUGCUCGACCUGAUGAUCGACUGUCUGCCGCGCUCGACCCGCCGCCGCAGCGACCCCCACGAGUCCUUCGUGCUCAGCGUCCCCGACCUCAGCGCCAAGAACGUCCUCGUCGACGAGCAGGGCGCCGUGACCGGCUUCGUCGACUGGGACGGCGCCCACACCAUGCCGCGCUACCUGGGCUACUCCAGCUUCCCCGGCUGGAUCACCACCGACCUCAACCCGCUGCACUUCAUCUGGGCCGAGGACUUCGAGGAGGCCCCCGGGCUGCUGAAGCAGUACCGGCUGCUGUACAAUCGCAAGAUGCAGGGCCUGCUGCGUGGCUCCGGCGACGCCAAGUUCGUCCACAAAUCCCAUAUUUACGAGGCGAUGCACCUGGCCGUCUGCACUCUACGUCCUCGCCUGGAGAUCGUCACCACCCUCGUCGCCAAGGCGUUCCCCACCAACACGGAGGUGGCCAUGAAUCUCAUCAUGCUGGCGGGUGAGGGAAGACUGUCGACGCAUGAUAAGGAUCAGUUGACCAGAGGCUUUCAGCUGUUGUUCGCGAUCUCUUACUGA